AUGGAUCCACAAAAGGUAAGGCGAGGGCUCACCACCGAUGGUUUCAAUCCAUUCAGAAAUAUGACCACAUCAUACAGUAUGUGGCCCGUUAUCCUAAUGCCUUACAACCUCCCAUCAUGGAAGUGUAUGAAAGAGCCUUUCUCCAUGAUGUCGUUGCUUAUUCCUGGACAAUCGGCUCCUAGAAGAGACAUCGAUGUUUACUUACGACCAUUGAUUGAGGAGUUGAAGGAGUUAUGGGGGGAUGGGGUGCGAACUUAUGAUGCGAAAAACGAAGAGUCAUUUAGAAUGCAUGCUGCACUGAUGUGGACCAUCAACGACUUCCCUGCAUAUGGUAACAUGUCCGGGUGGACUACUAAAGGUUAUUUGGCUUGUCCCACUUGUAAUGAGGACGCAUCAUCACAAAGGUUAACAAGGGAGCAAAUAUUAGAGCAAAUUGAGACUGGGACAUACAAGCCGUUUGAAAAACAUCCAAAUAACAGGAAAAGACAAAAGGACGAAAUUCCAGUGUUGAAUUGGGCAAAGAGAAGCAUUAUGUUUGAAUUGCCUUACUGGAAGACGCUUAAGCUUCGACACAACCUUAAUGUCAUGCACAUAGAGAAGAACAUUUGUGACAAUUUGAUGGGGACAUUAUUAAAUGUGGAUGGGAAGAACAAGGACACAGAAAAAGCACGGAUUGAUUUAGCAAAUUUAAAAAUUCGGAAGGAGUUACACCUACAGAGUCGUGGUGAUGGGUCAUUUAUGAAGCCUCCAGCUGUGUACACAUUAUCCACGAAAGAAAGACAAGGCUUUGGUGCUUUUUUGAAAUCAAUCAAGUAUCACGAUGAUUAUGCAGCAAACAUCUCCAAUUGCGUGAAUACUGACAGUGGCAAAAUCUCAGGCCUCAAAAGUCAUGAUUGUCAUGUGCUUGUACACCGACUACUUCCGGUUGGGAUGCACGAGUAUCUUAACAAUGAAAUUGGUAUGACGUUGUUUGAGUUAGGAAAUUUCUUCCAACAACUGUGUUCAAAGAUGUUGCUGGUGACAGAUUUACAGAAGCUAGAGGAUCAAAUCAUACUUGUACUUUGCAAGCUUGAGAAGAUUUUUCCUCUAGCUUUCUUUGAUGUCAUGGUUCACUUGGUUGUUCAUUUACCGCGCGAGGAAAUUCUCGGAGGGCCAGUGCAAUAUCGAUGGAUGUACCCAAUUGAACGGCUACUUGGAAUGCUAAAAGGAUUUGUUGCCAAUAAAGCUCAUCCCGAAGGAUCAAUUGCAGAGGCGUACAUUUCCAAAGAGUGUACAACUUUCUGCUCAAUGUAUCUUGAUGGAUUUGAAACAGUGUUUAAUCGAGAAGAAAGGAAUGAUGACGGAGGUGAUCACGGCUUGGGGUUAGCCAUCUUCUUUCAAAAAGUUCAUCCAUUUGGUCUAAUUAGUAGGGCACCAGAUGUGCCUCUCCACGAACGAGAGAUGGCUCAGUGGUUUGUCUUAUACAAUAGCUUUGACGUAGAACAAUAUGUACAGGAACACAAGAACAUUUUACAAAAUGGAAGUACAUGUGACACCACAGAGAGGCAACGAGAUGAAUUUCCUAAGUGGUUCAAAGAAUGUAUAAAUCAGUUGCGGAAUCAAGGGUCGCUGGAAGCAACGGAUGAAUUGUGGUCGUUGGCCAACGGUCCUAGUGCAAUAGUCAACACAUAUUCGGGAUGCAUUUCUAAUGGUGUUAGAUUUCAUACCAUCGACCGUGAUAACCGUCGUAAAACUCAAAAUAAUGGGCUGGUUGUAGAAGGGAAGCAUAAGGGUCAUUCAAUGCGUUUCUAUGGUUACUUGAGGAAAGUGUGGGAUAUGACAUAUUUGUUUAGACAUCGAGUUGUUUUGUACCAAUGUGAAUGA